UUACACACAGCGAGAGAGAGAGAGAGGUGGAAGAGGGCUAUCGACAAUGGCUUCCUCUUCUUUUAUCCUCUUCUUAUAUUUAUAUUAUAUUUUCUUCUUAUCAUGUGCUUCUCAAGACACCGCUCAAUUUAAAGACAUUGACUUGGGAAGUACAACUUCAGCAUUGGAUGUCUCCCCUACUCCCCUUUACGGGCAUUCAUCUGUCCGUAGUUCAAAAGAUGUUAUAUUAUGUGACCGAGUUCGAGCUUCUGGUCACUCAAGAUUGAAACUUAGGAGUUAUGUCAAUUCUGUUCGGGUUACUUUGACUCCAUCUGUCUUAAUACCAGAAAGAAAACACAGCAAAAUUCAAGUUUGCUUUCAUCGGAAUGCUUCACUUGGAUUAUGCCAGUGUGAGAAUGAAAAUUGGAAGACGGUGGAAAAUGGUAUAUGGCAAGCUGUCAUGUCGCCUUAUGAUGAUAGAUUUAUAGAUGUAAAAUUUAUAGGUGAUGUGUCUGGCUCUAUCACGGUUGCUGUUGAAGAAGAUAUUAAGCGAUGGCGGCUUGUGUUUCUAGCUUUAGGAUUUGUUUUGUUUCUGUUGGCACCAAUUAUCAGCAAGUCGGUUCCUUUUUAUUACAGCAGUUCAAUGGCUAUUGGUAUUAUUCUUGUCAUUUUGAUCCUUCUCUUUCAGAUUCAGCUUUUACCUGUGUGGAUUUUCUCUUUCCAAGCAGGGAAUGAAAUUAUUGCCUACAGGAAGGACAAAUAUCUUCUAUCUUAG